UAAGCGUGCCCUGGUGGGAGGGUAGCACGCGACAGGCGGAGGGGCUUGCUUCUCAGUGCCGACAUGGCAGCGCUGAAAGAGGAGCAGAGUUACGGGCUUUCAAGCGGCGGGCUUCGGAAACGAGCAGGGCAGAGCUAUUACCUUGUCCGUUUGACCGACACUGCACUACGCGCGAUCGAGGAAUACCAACGAGCCAAGGGAUCUCUGGGGAGCCAACCACUCAUCUGCUUCAAAGGAAACCAGGGGUGCAUCAGGAUACCAACACCAGCUGCCAAGCCUUCCAAUGAUGUUCAAGUGUUUUCCUUUUACCUUUCCAGUGACAGCAAAGAGAAGCCUCAGGCUAGUUUUGAAUGUGUGCGUCAGUACAUUUCCAGUUCUGGCAGGAGUCAGCUGGAAUGCCAGGGUACGAUUCAGGACAAAAUUACAGUAUGUGCCACCGAUGACUCUUAUAAGCUGACGCGGGAACGAAUGUCACAAGCAGAGAAGGAAUCAUGGAGCCGAGCAGCUAUCGAGAUCAAACCAGAAACACAAUACCGAAAGAAGUCUUUGCCAGUCCCAAAGAAGCAUGGUUUAAGCACAACUUCUGAGAGUCCUUGUAUUGCAAAACCACCCCCAUUAAAUCCUUUGCUACCUGUUAAGAAGAGUGUGGUAGGAACCACUGUCCAGAGACCCCUUCGAGAAAGACUUACACAUCUGCUCGCCCUAAGGCCAUAUAGAAAGGCAGAACUAAUACUACGACUGGAAAGGGACAGAGUUCCUGUGAAAGACCAAGCCGAGCUGCUGUCUGUACUGGAUGAGGUGGCGAGACAAAACCCAAAGGACAACAGCUACUACCUGAAAGAGGAGCUGUAUAGACAGGUGCAAAGGAAAUGGCCCUGCUAUACUGAAGAGGAGCGACGCCAUAUUCACCACAUCCUGAUUAGGAAGUCUUUCAAGGGAUCACAAGCUUGUUCACGUCCUCCGCAGCCAAGUCCUGGAAAAAGUCCUGUCAUGAAGCGGACAGUAUCGUCAGAAGUUUCAGAUCAGCAAGUAAUUAAAAAGUCCAAAGUAGCUGAUUCAGAGUCCCAGUCCCAGCUGAGAGUGCCUCCUCCUGAUGUGGCCCAUCACCCUGUCAUUUCCACAUUGGAAGCCACAACUGUGGUCCAAAGACGGCAAAACUUAAAUGACUGCAAAAGUAACAGCACAGCACAAGGGAACUAUUGUCAUGCAAACCACAAGGGCUUAGACAGUACUCAGCCCCAAACUAAGAACAGGGAAGUGUCAGAUGCAGUCUCUAAACCAUCACGGACAGAAUGCUCACCAGCAAAAGACACUGACUCAAAAGACUGGCUUAUUAAAAAGAAAAAAUCAAAGAGGCACAAAGACAGGGAGACAGAGAAAUUACUAGAUGAAGAGAAGGGAAAAGAUGUCUGGGAAGAAGGAAAACCAAAAGAAAACUGGAAGCAGUUAGAUAUUGAAGAUCCACCCAGUAAAGCAAAGACAACAGAAAAACCGGACUAUUUGCUAAAAUACUUGCCGAUUACAUCACUGGACCAGCGGGAAAGUUACAAGGACGAUUUCAGUGCGGAAUACAACCAUUAUCUUGAGCUGCACAGUCGAAUUGGAACCAUCAAAGAGAAAUUUGUAGAGCUGGGAUCCCAUAUCAAAACUCUUACACCAGGGACUGAGGAGUACAAGGUUGUUGAGGACCAAAUCUUGGAAGAAUACAGAAAGUUUAAAAAGACGUACCCCACCUACUGGGAAGAGAAGGCACACUGUGAGUACUUGCACCAAAAGCUGUCUCAUAUUAAGGACCUUAUUCAGGAGUAUGACCAGAAGAAUGGCCUAUCGUAGUACUACAGAAGAAAAGAAAAUUAACAGGAAACUCAACCAAAGAACUGCUCACUUUGGAGAAGAUGCCUAUUGUAAAUGGAAGUCAAGGAUAAGAUUUGUGCUGGUCCUGCUUGGACUUAUCAAAGUCUGGGAUAUUUCUUUACCCAGCUCUUGGACCACCAUCCAUGAGAAGCUGAACAGAAAUCGCCAUAACUCAGAAUUGCACAAAUCCACUAAAAUGGAUGUUAAUGUUAGAUCCUUCUUUAAGGCAGUUGUGACUGAAAACAUUUCAAAACAUUGAAGGAGAAAGAGUGGAGAGUGUUUGAUAGAAAUGGGUGAAAGUUUACCUGCAAAUUAUCAGUCUGUGAGGUAACUUUGAGUGGCCCCAGAGUUAUUUUAAGUUGUCUCUUUUAGCGUGGUGUCAGUGCACACACAGUACUCUACUACACCGAGUAUGUUCUGCAUGUUUUUUUUUUUGUUUUUUGCAGAUGCUUUUGCACAGUAAGGUUUCUUCUGUAAUUGUCUCUCUGUUUCCUGUCUGACCAACCACACAGUUUAAUAAAAUGGCGACUUGUGCCUGUAUAAAAUAACACAUCUCAGAGGAAUCAUAUCCUUCAAAAGGAAUACAUCAGUGCCUAAUACCUUAUAGAACUUGUCUAGCAAAUUAUUGCUUUAAACACUACAAAUAAUCAGUAAGCAGUUUGAAUGCGAGUGCCAUGUGUGCAAAGGUGAGCCAUAUACUCUUGAUUUUAUCUCACUGAUUGUGGGGCCCUAUGGGAUUUCUGCAGUUAUGUGUGCUGGUUUGAUCAAAGUGGUUGGGCAAAACAUCACACCAGUGUGUACUAUGCACACUCUAGUACUGAAAAAGGAUAGCAGGUUUUGGGAUAGGAACUUGGAUUGUGGCAGCUUAAUUGAAGGUAUUGUAGUUAGACACAGCAAAAUCUCUGUUUGACAGAGUUUUUCUGGUCAACUCUAACAUUAUGUAUUAGUAAUGAAUUCUGGGCAUACGGGGACCAGUGGCAGAAAUUAUAGGAAUAGCUACAGAAGAUGCAGUCAGCUUGCAUAACCCCAGUAAUGGGGCUGCAGAUGUGCCUUCUUGAGAGGGAAUAACUGCAAGUAGCAACAAUUACAAACCGGGCCAAACACUGUAUUGGUCCAAGUUCUAAAUGAAGUUGCUUGCUGGUGUUCUUAUUUAUAGUAAGUCUGCAGUUGUCUAGAAUGUAGAAUAAGCAGUAUUAGGAAAAGGCAAUUUCUUUUUUAAAAACAAUGGUGUAAAGGACUUUUCAUACCCCUACCUUUUGGCAUUUGAGUACUAAGAGAGGGCUUAAGAUUUUUGCCAAUGUAGAUUUGAGGGUUGUUCACCAUUGCUGUUUAGUGUUAAGAGGAAAGCUGAGGUGUAUUACCCACAUUAUCACACCCUUAUAUCAGAUGAUCAAAGAUUGUGAGGGUACACAGUUUAUUUUUUCUGGUACAUUUUUUGGUCCAUAUGGCUGGCCAGUGCUGUUUUUGUUGCAGUCCUGCCAGUCUCAUAAUAUUGGUAGAGUGGAUUAGUUUCAAGACAUGGUUUGAAGAAGCAGGGAGGACGAGAAGAAAGCUUUCCCAUCCACAGUAUUGUUAGCACAACCACAGGGAUUUCAUCUUCUUGUAUUCUGUAGCAUUUCCCAGGAUGUGAAGUGCAGCCAGUCAGUUGGGUGUGCAAAGGACAUAGCAAGGGAGUCGCCCUGCCUUUGUAGGAACAGUCCUUAGUUGCCUUCCCCACCUUUUCAGGCUCCAAGCACUCCAUCACCAGCCUGACCUCUAUAAUCUCCAGAACCAUGAAGCCAAGUGCCCUGGCAUGCCUCCUCAUUCUUUGAGGCAAGCAGAUGAACAGUUUGCCAUUCCUUUCCCUCCCUAGUCAGCUGUUGCAGCACCUGGGCUAUUAGCAAAACACAUCCAGAAUAGUCAUAGUUAGUACUACUUCAUCCUUCUGUGCAAUGGAGCUGACAGAAGAGGGUGUGCAGUUAUGCUAUGUCCAUGUGUUGGGGGGGGGCGCUCACUGGACUGAUGGCAUCUGCUAGGAAGGUUCCAGUUCUGACACUGGCAAGGAAUGAAAAAACAAACAAAAGUCACAUAUGAGAGGUAGCUGAAUUUACUGGAAAGGUCCAUCAAAUAUGCAGGUAAAGAAUCUCACCUGUAGAGUGAAGGAAUCAUCAGGUACUGGUUAAACUCUUGGUCUGGUAUUAUUAUGGAUGAUGACAGGUCUAUGCCCAUAUGUCUAUUUCAGCAAUACUUCAGUCAGUCCUACUUAUCUGUAUUUAGAAAGUUAUUUGAUUCAUUCUUUCUCCAGUUACCCACAUAGUUCAAGUCAUGGUUAUGGGCAGAGUAAGAGCACCCACUGGGUGUAUGGCAGAGAAACUUAACCUGGAUGAGAUACCAGUCCUUUGCAGGAUGCACACAGUCAUAUACAGCAUGAUUGCCUGUGAACAGUCUGGACUAUCACUAGGUCACCUACAGCAUUUCUUUUGGAUGUGAGAUUCAAACAUCACCAAGGUUCUCAGUUCCAGUGAUGUACUAAUGCCACGGUUUAAGGUUAAGCAUGUUUUGGCCUUUUUACUAUGGUGCUGUAGAUUACAUGAAAACAGAUUGUCAUCAUCUUAUACUGGUUUAUAACCCAGUCUUUUAUAGAUAACCAGGGAUCUCCUGAUGCACCCAGCUCUCCACAUGUUAACUCUUAAGGGACUGUAUUACAAAACAGUAUAGUCAGGUGGUUUUCUGUUGUUUCUUUAACUGGGUAACAACCUGAUACCUGUCAAACAGUAACCACUGAUGCCAGAACUGCAUACAUAAUAUUUUUAUACUCAGUCUACCUAUGCAAAAAGCAUUUCAUUUCCUUACAGUUGGUGGGUAGAAUGGUGGUGUUAAUAACCAUAUUAUGCACUACCUACAGCGUUACUAUCUCUUUCACUGGUCUCAUUUGACACUACUACCAAGGUUAUGCUUUAUGUCAAUAUUCACAUUCGACACUACAUUUAGAGCCACACUGGGCAUUGUCACUACACCUUUCAACACUACAGCCAAGACCGCUGCCUGUGUACCCCAUCAUACAGUACACUCACUGCCACUAAUUCUUUGAUCACCCCAUUGCACACUACCAGCAGGGUCACUUACUCAGACAACAUUCCAUUCUUCAGUAGCACCAGAGCCACUCUUGUCUAUUAAUAGGGUCACUGUUUUUGUUAAUAUACCAUUCCACAGUACCAGCAAGACCAAUUUCUUCAGCAGUACUCUAUUAUUUACUACCACUAGGUCCUCUCUCUUUAAUGCAAACAGCUGCCUGACUAAUACCAAGCCAGUCACAGGUAUGCUUGGAAACUUUCACCUCCUCUUUGAAUAUGCUUCCUCAAAUGUCAGCCUUCAGUGAUUUCCGUCUGGUUAGCAUAAGUAAUAGAGGAUGGUCAUACAUUUCUAAGUUAUAUAUUGUUAGGGUGCAGAAAGGUUAGUCGGUCAAAGAGGCAGGUGUGUUAGUGUUCUCAUUUCUCCCCUCAUUUCUGCCAUGUAUUUUUAUUUAUUAACUGGCCUACAGAAAUGCAGGGAAAGGGAACAUAGCUGUCCUUUGUAUGUAUGCACUAAUGGCAUGCCAGAGUUUCAGACCCAGCUAGCUGUUUCCCAUAUGGUAGUGAAAUGCACCCCCCACGCACCCCAGACAUACACAUGCUUACAUAGUAGAAGACAUCAUUGAUGCAUCUGAAAAAGUUGCUCUGCAAAGAUGAAAGUCUAGUUUUCCUAACCUAGCCAGCUCAUUUGUGAGCUGACUGCUAUUCAGUUUUCUUAAUGCUGCAUCAAUGAUCUGCGAGUGAUGAAGUUUUAACAAUGUACAUCUACACUGAUGAUGUUACUAACAAUUCAGAGUGACAUUGGGAAGAUGAGGUGAAGAAAACCUUACAACCAAUCGGGCCAUUUAUGUAACCAGGGUAAUGAAUGACCAUUUCAUUUUGAAGUUGUGAAACCUGUUUAAGUUAACUACUUAAAAAAAAAUUAGAGCAUUUUGACUUCUGUUUAACUGCCUAAAAGUAGUUUACUGUUAUCAAGUCAUUGUUUCAAUAAGGUAAACAUUGGCUGGGCAGCUCCUUUGACUAGUUUUUCAUUCUGUUUUUUGAUGUCAUAACUGUACGUCUCCUCCUGAUUCUUCUGUGAGGGCAAGAACUGUAAAGUCAAAGCCCCGGGAAGAUGGGCAGGGGAUACUGCAGCAGGACUACCAAGUGCCACUGAAGGAGAAGGGGGAGAGUGCAUAGUACUGCUAUGGUUGUGGGAUAACUUUAGUCAUCAUUACUAUCCUCUUUGUGGUGAAGAUUUGGAAGUUAUGAGGUUGUUGUCCAUUAGCAUUUCACUCUGAAUUUGUAGCAGGCCAUUAGUGUCACUGUGUGGAUGUUAAAUUGCUAAUUUAUUUGAUUUGUUGAAAUAGAAAACAGUUGCUUACUAUGUAGUCAUUUCUAUAGUAGGCUGGACUGCUUAUCAAAAAGCAGUGACAUAAUCUGCUCAGGAAACUGGCCCAAGUCUGUACAAUAAUAAUUUGUUUACUGACAGCAGUGUAUUUCCUAACAGGAGUCAGUCAUAAUCCAAGCUGACUGCUUCAGUCAAAAAUAAAUGAUAUGACCCCCUUAUACUUUGAGCUUUGGCUUGACAGUGUUAGUGACUUAUUCUCUUUCCUUUUCUUCUCAGAAAAGGCAAAACAGAAAACACUUCAUCGACAUUUCCAGGUAGGCAAAUUCAAACCCAGGAAAGAAAUCAUAAUUUUUCACAGGAGUGGUAGAACGUCCACCAAUACUCUUUCGCAUCACGUGUAAACUGCGGUGAAGGUUCUGAUGCUGACAGAUUAUGGUCUGUCGUGUUAUGUGUCUAGAAGAGUUUACAGAAAUGAUGCAACACUGCAACACUUGUGUAACUCUGAUGUUUGUAUUUCCCUGUCUGGCGUUAUUAGAGUUGAGUAGUUAUGAUUUCUUUGAAUCUGUUACAGCACCUGUUGUGUAAUGAAACAGAAUGUAUUUUUUUCAGAGUGUUCUUGUUUGUUGUUGGAGUCCUUUCACUGAAGGGUAUGCAUCCUUUAUGUUACAGCUGUUUUAUGGCUGUGCAGAUCAAGGAAUGACAUAACAUUAAGCCAGAGUGAUACUGUUUUGAUCUCAGGUAGGUGUGUGACAGAGAGUCUAGUGUAGUAUGUGGAUUGAGAAUCUUGGCAGGUAUGACAACACUAAAGUGCCUGUAGUCUAACAAAGGUGUAUAAAGCUAGAUGAUACUUAUGUAAUCUGAACUUGUUCUGCAGUCACUCACCAGGCCAGUCAACCAUUUAACUAACAAGCACAGCAAACAAAAGUCAUGUGUUUGAAUGGUUAGUACUAAAUAAAUAGAAAAUGCUAGUUAUUGUGUACAAUACAUCAGGUACUGUAUUACAGGCUCAGAAUUCAGAAAACUGAAGCUAUAGUACUACUUCUGAAACAUGACUGAGAGAAAUACACUCCUCCAAAAAAAUGCUGAUGUUUGUUCACUUUGGGGGAUUUGCCCCUUUACCCUCCUACAGAAUGUUAUCUUCAAGGCCUAACAACCCAGAGGUAGUGGCUGUCAUCUCUCUCCUUUAAUAUUUGGCCUAUAUUUGUAUGUUUUGCUCAAAGUUAUAAGAAAAGAUGAGUGUUUCCAGAAGUUAUUACCAUUAUUUAUGUAAACUAGUAUGACCUAAUUUCUUUAAAAGACUAAACUUGCAAUAUCUAGUCUGCAGAGACUACUUUUUUUCUGUAUUGGAAGGAAAAUGAAUCAUGUCUUAUUUAAAGGCAUUUGAGUGGUACAGAUGUCACAUACCUAUGGUAUUUAGCUUAGGGACAAUGACAACAGGUAGAAGUAGUGAUCUGAUGACCAUGGGAACAUACAACUUGUGGAACUGGGGAAUGUCAUUAAGAUUAGGAGAUAUGCAGUGAGACUGAGAAAACAGUACAGGAUUGAGGGGACAUUGGAAGUCUUUAAUUCUUACAUAAAUUGUUAUAGUCUAACAUGCCUUGUGGAGUUAUUAAAUCCUCCAUUGUUUUGACUUUCACUGGAAAACAUGGCACAGGAGAUUUCCAAGUAAUGUUAUAGCUGUUAUUAUGACUUCAUGUAUUCAGAACUCAGAGCUGGCAGAGUUGCUACUGUAUGGUGUGAGGAGUAGCAAACAGACUGUUUGCUUCAUCACUGAUCAUUAUGAUGUAUGUGUUACGAUAUGCAGAUCCUAAAAACUGGGGGGGGGUUUGCUUUUUUUGGGGGGGGGAAUAUGUAAUCCAAGUGAUUGUUCAGUAGCUGGAUAUUUGAGAGUUGACAGCUAGUAUUUUUUUUAGAAACUUAAGUCUGACUUUGGAGGCCUUCUGCAGUGAGUAAGUGUAGGGAUUUCUUCUAAUAUCCUCAUUUUGGCUAAUUUCUGGCUUCUGUGUUAUUUCCACUUGGGGAUCUCUCUCUCUCUCUCUCUCUCUCUCUCUGUCUGUAAUGGCAAGGAAGAUACCUAUAUGCCUUUUCACUGCACCCUCUGAUUCUGCGCUUUGGCCCUAAAUUCAGAGAACAAAGACCAAGACUUGCCUUUGGUAACAGCUGACUUAUUUUGAAGGUUUUAUUUCCUUGGCAGGACAAGGAAGUGUCAUAGCUUGUUUUGGCCUCAAUUAUUCCACGGUCAAGGUGCAUAUUUCUGGCACAUGUGUGUAUCACAGUCUUACAGAGGGGGGCAGAACUAUGACCCAACAACACCCCAAAAAGCCCUUUAAAUGGAGUUAUGUGCCUUUUCCUGUCUUUGAAGAACACCUGUCACUUAGGAGCUCUGUCUAUAGGAUUUGAUGGGUCUGCCCAUCUUUUGAGUUGGCUGAUUCUGCAGCUCUGAACUUCAUCUCCAAAAAGAUGUUCUUCUUGGUGGCUGUCACAUCUGCUUCAGGAUCUCCAUGUUGUAGGGCCUUAUCUGUAGGGAGCUCUAGUGGGCUUUUCAGAAGCUAUGUUGCCCCUUAGGACUAGCCCAAAUUUCUUUCUGGAAGAGAAGAGUUGUCAGAAUUGUUUAAAUAUAGAUUUUAAUAUAAGGAGGCAGGACAGUUAACACUGUGGCUGUACACCACAAACUAUAGUUUUAGCCGACUGAUGAAGAAGCAGAUGUUCAUAUCCUUUUCAUGGGAAGGGAGAGGCUUGUGGGGGAAAAGACAACAUUUUUGAGUGGACUGAUAAUUGCAGUGAAUUUAGCCAUCAGGUGGCUAAUUAGCUACUGGAAAACGGUGUGGACAAAUGCUACUUCAGUAUGACUAUGGCUGCAUCCAUUGCUUACUUCAAAAAAUGUCUCCUUCAUGGAUAUCUGUGUGUGGCCACUUGUUCAUCAUUUUAUACCUUUACCAAGAAAUUUUUUGUGGAUUUUGAUUCUGGUUGUCACUUCUCCUCCAAUUCAGUACUUCAGGACUUAACCUUCUGAUCCACUACCUUUAAUUUCUUUUCUGUCUGCGCUUCCUCAUGCAGUUUAAUUUUUCAUUGCUUUAAAUUCUUCCCACCAGAUAAACAGUGCAAAAGGAUUUUGAAGUUAAAAUUAUCUGGGAUGUACUUACCGUAUCUGCUGAUCUGUGAUGAAGCCUUCUAUAGUAGGCACAUAUUACCCUGCCAGCAUCAGUCCUUCUUCUGGGCAUAAUCUCCAUCUUUUGAUUGUACAUAGCGUUCUGUGUUUGUUGGGCAAGUUUACAAGUUAUUAUAGUACAGUGUGUUGCAUUAUUUACUUUCUUGCAGGUUUUGCUGACUUGGAUGGGUCAAACUGAGUGACAUUGUGACACACAAAGAUGAUAUGCUCAGCAAGAAGUGUGCACGUCUGAAUAUGAGAAUGAGAUAGCAUUCUUGGGAUAAUAGAGGAGAUUAAGUCUCAGCAGUUACCCACAGCAGAAGGCCUUGUCAGAAAUAUCUACUAUAGUUGGUGCUUAGUUACUGUUCUCCCAGGAUAAGCUGAAACAUAAACAUUUGUCACGCAUACUUUUUUUUAUCCCUACUUCCAGCAUGUUACAUGUGGAAAAGACUAAAGGGUGAUUAGAUCAGGUAGAUUGUACAGUUACCCAAGGAUUAAUUGACUGAGUUGGGGAUUGAACACAGAGUUCUCAUUCCUAGGACUGUAGCUGUUUUACUUAGACUAUGCGGUUGUCCCUGGGGAAUGGAAACUGGGCCUCUGGGUGGAGCACAUUAUCAAAGCUGUUGCAUUUUGAUGCCACAUUUUAGGGACAGUGUCUCAUCUCAUUCUUUUUAACUGUGUCUCAUCUCAUUUUGUGUUUUGAAUUUAAGCAGUACUGUUAAUUGCCUGGUUGACCUACAGAUGCCUCAGGUGAGAAGGCUGAAGUUAAAACCAGAUAUUUUCACUAGCCAGAAAAUUAAGACUUUAGAACAACUUGAAGUGGUUCAUUUUGACUGUCACAAACAUAGUGGAAGCUAGGCCAUAAAAGCUGUGUUGAAGUAAGUAGAAUCUGGUAAUAAUUCUCAUUUGAAUGUUUCUUGUAUGAAUCACAUUGUAAAAUGUCAAAAGCAAAAUCUAGAAAUGUCAUUGACAGAGAUUCAUUAACAAUCCAUACAUUAACAUUUCUAGUUUCUUAUAGUCAGACGUCAAAUCUGCUUACCAAAGCCAAAUUCUCAGUAUGUACACAGUUAUUGAUUGUUUUAUGUAUAUAUUUUGUUAUUUAAAAUGUAUUUAAACAAGUGAUUUAUGUAAAAUUAUAAAAAUAUGUACAAACGUUUACAAAUAAUUUGUUUUAUGAACUGUAACAAGAAAAAGAAGUAGCAGCCAUUUUAUAAGUGGAAAUGGCUACUCCAGAGUGUGCAUUAAAUUAUAUGAGUGUACAUUCUAGGGGCACAUGCUGUAUUUGUCUGGAGCAUGAGAAUUUCACCUUACUGUGCAUUGAAUGUAGCAAGCCUGGUUUCUUGACAAAUCAUCUACCACUCCCUCCGUUAACAAAAAAAAAAAAAAACAUAGAACCAUUAAGUAUAGUAAAUCACCAACACUAUUCAGUAUUGCAUUUUUUUUAUCUUCCCUUUAAACCAAGUCAUCUGUGAUGUGUUGAAGCAUACUUCAUGGACAUACAUUUAAGUCCUUUCCAAAAUACCAAAAAAGCAUUUAGUAGUAUAACAAAGUAAAUUUACCAUAAUUCAAACCAUAGUAUGUGGAUGGUUACAUUUCAUUGUCUUUAGUAAGUGUAGUAAACUGCUCCAAGGUGUGUGUUAAAUAGGUGUUUUUCAACCGCUGAUCCAUGAAAGACUAGAUCCCACUGGUUGGGAGAGGGUCCCCAUUGACUGGGAGGGGGUGGCUGCUGUCCGGGAUACUUAUUUUUUUAAUUAAAAAAAAAAGUGACAGGUGUGUGUGACCUGCUGUUUACAUCUUCAUCUUCCAUGUGCAUGGAAUUUGAAUGCCAGAAGAUGUUUAAAUGUGGACAACAAAUGGACAAGUGAGAGGUGUGUGUGUGUGUGUGUGUGUGUGUGUGUGUGUGUGUGUGUGUGUGUGUGUGUGUGUGUGUAAGAGGUAGGUAGCAUACCUCUCAACUGUCCAGAUUUUUUUCCUAUAUUUUGGAUCUGUUCCUCAUAAAAAGGAUUGAAGUUUCAGACUUCAUAUCCUUUGGCGUACAACCCUCAAACAGCGAUUGUUAUAAUUGGUUCCUUAUAAAAAUGGUUUAUAUGGCUGCCUUAGUGGUCCCCGAAAUAAUUCUGAUAUUUUCAUAGGUCCCCCAGUGUAAAAAGGUUGAAAACCACUGUGUUAAAUGACACUUUCAGGCUUCAGCAUUGCCCUCGUGUAUAUUAGUAUUUUUCCAUGCACACUCUAGUGUAGUUUGUCAUGUUUGUAAUGAAUACCCUCCUGUGGCUUAUUGUUUGUUUAUUGCUUAUUCUGCAGUCACUUACUCCUUAAUUACUCAUUCUGGAAAUGUUUGUUUAAGUAAGUGUUGGUCAUGUGUUAAGGUCCUGUAAGAAGCAACACCUUGAAAUAAUUUGUGUGGAGAGUGAGAUUCCAUAUGUUUAUGAAAUUUGGUGCUAUACGCAAGCUUAUAGUUCUAUUGCUCAUUUUAUAGGAUGACUGUUUGCAUUUUGCAGAAUGCACAGGCCUGGUCACCUUGCAAGCAGCUGUUUCAUGACAUCAUAAGAGUUACACUUCUGAUUUUGUAAAUAUGAUCACAGCCCAAUAACCACUUGGGAGUAGGAAUAAGGCUAAGAGGAAAUAAAUAUUGGGGGUGAUUAACCUGUUAGAAAUGCAAAUAACACAGAUCUUGGAAAAAAUAGUGAUAGUAACAGUAGUCAACUGGAUUGGCAAACAUAGAAUUGUAAUGGCUGAAUUAUGUUUUCUACUUUUUUCUGGCAAUUUGGAAGGGAAUCAGUUUUAAUUGAUGUGCAUAUUUUAUAAAUAAAGUUGAAAAUUAUGUAAUAAUAAAGGUACUAUACAAAAUUAUUCUUUACAA